AUGGAAGAGGACUUAGCUAAGCUAUGGAACAAAUUGUCUCUUACUAAGGAAGAAAGGUAUGAACUUGUUAUAACAGAGCAAGAUGUACAAGUAACAACUGAAAAAAGAAAAUUAUGCUUAGUGAGAAAAUUUAUUGCUGACAAAAGGGUAAACCGUGAUGCUUUUAAGAGCACUAUGAUGAAAUGGAAAGCCACGACAAGUAUUAGAAUUUUUGACGUAGGGGAAAACUUAUUCCUGUUUGAAUUUAAAUCUGAUAAAGAUAUGUGUAAGGUGUGGGAGGGCCAGCCGUGGAUGUUUGAUAUGAACCUCUUAUGCUUAAAGAUGUUUGAUGGUCUUACUCCACCAGCAGAGUUAUCCUUUACUCAUACUAACUUAUGGGUACAAUUUUAUAAUUUACCAUUUGGGUGCAUGAAUAAGAAGGUUGGAACUCGUAUAGGAAAUUCUAUUGGAAGAGUUACACAAGUUGACUCUAAUGGUAAUGGUAAUUUUUGGGGGAGAUUUAUAAGAGUUUUGAUUGAAGUUGAUCUUAUGAAACCAAUAGCAAGAGGAAAAAUGAUGGAUUUGUUUGGCCAACUUACGUUUGUGCAGUUUAAAUGUAAAAGGCUACCUCGUUUGUGCUUUAAGUAUGGUGUUAUUAAAUAUGCUAAAGGUGGUUGUGUAGGACAUAGUAGUUUGGAGUCAACUGGGAUGGCCAAAACAAAACAAUAUGGAUCAUGGUUAAGGGCUUCUAGCUCUGGUCCAAAUUUUGAAUUUGCUCACAACUUAGGUAAUUAG